UUCAGACACAUUUUGACAUUUUUUGACAUAUUUUGGUCUGGGGAUAUAUUUUGAUGACCACUGACAGCGUACGGCCGUUGGGAAUUGAACUAGUCUGCCCUGUACGUUUGACCGCUGUCGGUGUCCUACAGUUAACGUUAGCCUUAGCUAGCUGUUAACGUUAGCCCUUAGCUGUUAGCCUUAACGUUAGCUGUAAAAGAAACGUCACCGCCGCCAGUCAUUUGAAUGAGGGCAAUAAAAAAAAACGCUUUCUUUUUGGGAACGAUCUUGCAGUGAGGAUGUCUUUGAAUGAAGAGGGUUAUGUGGUUCGGAUCAGAGGACUACCCUGGUCCUGCACGCAGGAAGAGGUUGCCAGUUUUUUCUCUGACUGUGACAUCGUUGGGAAAGUAAACGGAGUGUGCUUUACCUACUCCAAAGAAGGACGUCCUAGUGGAGAGGCUUUUAUUGAGCUGAAAAUGUCUGAGGAUUUCAAGAAUGCCCUCGCCAAGGACCGUAAAUACAUGGGACACCGAUACAUAGAGGUGUUCAAGUCGAACCGUAGUGAGAUGGACUGGGUGCUUAAACGUAGCGGCCCUGCUGACUAUGACAGCUGCAGCGGCUCCAUGUUGCGACUUAGAGGCCUUCCCUUUGGCUGCAGCAAGGAGGAGAUUGUUCAGUUCUUCUCAGGGUUGAGAAUCGUGCCAAAUGGGAUUACUCUGCCAGUGGACUACCAGGGGAGGAGCACAGGGGAAGCCUUCGUGCAGUUUGCCUCAAAGGAGAUAGCAGAAAAGGCUCUGGGGAAACACAAGGAAAGAAUAGGGCACAGGUAUAUAGAGAUUUUUAAGAGCAGUCGCAAUGAGAUCAAAGCCUACUACGAGCUGCCCCGGCGGGGGAUGGGAGGCCAGAGACCGGGGCCCUACGAUAGACCCAUGAUGGGGGCACCCAGGGGAGGGUUUUUUGGGCCCGGACCUGGCCGCGGUGGGGCUCUGAUGGACACCAUGAGGGGUGGAGGGGGCUAUGGAGGAGGUUACGGUGACUUUGACAGCUACAAUGGCUUCAACAACUACUGUUUUGGCAACGGCAUGUUUGAUGAGCGAGUGAGAGGAGAACGGGUAGCAAGAGGGAUAAGAGGCCACGGUUACGGUGGUCAAAAUGAUGUUUGUUCGAGCCUCCACAGCGGUCAUUUUGUCCAUAUGAGGGGUUUACCUUUCCGUGCCACAGAGGGAGAUAUCGCUAAAUUCUUCUCUCCCUUGAAUCCACUGAGGGUCCACGUUGAUGUGGCUCCCAACGGGAAGUCGACUGGAGAAGCAGAUGUGGAGUUUCGCUCCCAUGAAGACGCUGUGGCAGCCAUGUCUAAAGACAAGAACCACAUGCAGCAUCGCUAUAUUGAGCUGUUUCUUAACUCAACAGCUAGUGGAGCAGCUGAAAUGAGUCGUGGCGGCGGCGGUUACUAUGGUAACUCAGGAGGGGGCGGAGGCUCACGGAGCAGCGGGCUGCGAGGUUCAUACUGAUGAUGUCAUCCCACGCUUCCAAUCCAUCCUGGCGUUUGUCUCGCGUCUCUUCAGGCCACAUUCACUCGAUUACUUUUUCUAAGCAGACGAGCUGAUCUGAAGUCAGUCAUUUGUUUUGUAACAGCCGUUCUUUUUAUGGUGGUUGUACUAAAAUCUUAUUUCAGAUACUAGAACAGAUCAGAUAUGACCUCAACAAGCACUAUUAUUAUACCAUUCCUAAACACAUAUGAA